UCUCCUAUACACGGGAUCAGGCGUCGCAGCUGAGUGGCCGGCUAGGAACACGUGCUUGUGCAGGCAGAUCGCAGCAGCCUGGAGCCUGACACACUGCUGAGCGCUUGCUUGCUGCUAGCCACAGCCUGCUCUCUACCUGCCAGCGACAUCGGAUGCUGCUCUAAAUCACUGCCAAUCUCACCAUGCACAACAACUGCUGCUGCUUCCCUGUCCUCUGCUUAUUGCUCUUCACUGCAGCAGAGUGCUUCUCUGGAGACAAUGAUAAUUUCUUGGCAAUCCGCGAGAGGAAGAACGGGAAGUCCAGGUUUAUUUACAGUCAUGUGCAAAGUAUUGAGAAAAGUUUGGACCUAGAAAGACAGAAAAUGCCUCACCAUAAUUUUCACUCUCCAGCCAACCUGAUAGGCAGUAAACUUUUUCCUGCACUUUAUAUGAAAUCAGCUUUCCCCCGAUCAUCUAACAACCAACCCCUUAAUCUGCUGGCUUCAGAGGAUCGGGAUGUUGAAAUAGAAGAUCUUCCCAUUCCAGAAUCUUGUGUGAUUUUAGUGAUGUUGAAAAUGGAUGUAAACAAGCUGAACACAACAUUGCUCCGGAAGUUCCGUCAGGGAGUUGCUGCAGCUUUAGGCUUGAUGCCACAGCAAGUACACAUCAAUCGGCUCAAUGGAAAGAAGAACUGCGUUGAGCUCUUUAUUUCUCCACUAAACAAAAAGAUCGGCGUCCCAGAUGCUCUUCCAUCUGCAGAGGUUCUUCGGUCACUCAACCUACAUACUCUACACCAAAGAUUGUCCCAUUUUGGAAUAACUGAGGUCUCCCCAGAGAAAAAUGUACUGCACGGACAGCAUGAAGCUGAUAAAAUAUGGACCAAAGAAGGUUUUUACACUAUUGUUAUCUUCCUCAGCACAUUUUUCAUAAUCGUCACAUGCUUAAUGGUACUCUACAGAUUAAAAGAAAAGAUCCAGGUUUCAUUGAGGCAGGACAAAAAAAAACAAGAGAUACACCUGUCGCCUCUCUCUGUUCAGCCUACACAGUUUGAAGCAAAGUGUUCCAGCAGUAUGGUUCAUCCUGAGCAUAUUCUCAAACCCGUCAAUGUUGUUGUAGACCCACAGUGUCCAAACACCUUUGAGAUUAAACUUCCACUUACUGCAGGACCAUCACCAUUUAAAAUGAAACCAGUGGGCCUACAAGAAAGGAGAGGUUCCAAUGUAUCACUUACCUUGGAUAUGAGUGGCUUGGGGAUAGUGGAACCUUUUACUGUGGCUCCUACUCCACGAGCAAAAGUAGCUAUUGAAUACCUGCAAACAGCAAGUCGUGUUCUGAAAAGGCAACAGCUCCAAGAUGUGGUUCGAAGCUCCCACUUGCUUCACACUGAAUUCAUGGAAAUACCAAUGAACUUCAUGGAUCCCAAAGAAAUUGAUAUUCCAAGUCAUGGAACCAAAAACCGCUACAAAACAAUACUGCCAAAUCCAGUGAGUAGAGUGUGUUUGAGACCAAAGAAUGUAAGGGAUACAUUGAACACCUAUAUAAAUGCUAAUUUUAUCAAGGGUUAUGGUGGAACAGAGAAGACCUUUAUUGCUACACAAGGACCAAUGAUUAACACAGUAAAUGACUUCUGGCAAAUGGUUUGGCAAGAAGAUGUUCCUGUUAUUGUUAUGAUCACCAAGCUCAAGGAAAAAAAUGAGAAAUGUGUGCUAUACUGGCCAGAGAAGAGGGGAAUUUAUGGAAACGUUGAAGUGCUUGUCAACAGCGUCAAUGAACAUGAAUAUUAUACUAUCCGAAUUCUCACAUUAAAGCAAGGAAGCCAGUCACGCAUUGUUAAACAUUACUGGUAUACCUCCUGGCCUGACCACAAGACUCCAGACAGCGCUCAGCCUCUUCUUCAGCUUAUGCUGGACGUUGAUGAAGACAGAAAAGCAUUUUCUGGCAGAGGUCCUGUGGUAGUGCACUGCAGUGCUGGAAUUGGAAGAACUGGCUGCUUCAUCGCUACAUCUAUUGGUUGUUGUCAGCUGAAGGAAGAAGGCGUUGUGGAUGUGUUAAGCAUUGUCUGCAAACUACGGAUGGACAGAGGAGGAAUGGUACAAACAAGUGAACAGUAUCAAUUUGUGCACCAUGCUCUGAGCCUAUAUGAGACUCGACUUUCUGCAGAAAAGGUCCAGUGAAUGUUUGGACUGGAAGAUGGUUUAACAUUGAUCCUUUAAGGUAAUGAAUUGAAUUACCGACCAGCAGUUUCUUAAAGGAGUGCAGUAGGCUCCAAUGAAACGAUUUGUGGACAGGAGAGGUGAAGACUUGAUGGACUUGAUGGAAAGUUUGAUGGAACUAGAUGGACAAUAAUGUGUCUUUUGAAUGUAGCUGUACUGCCAGUUUCCGCAAGAAGCGAUGGACAGUGUAGAAGAUAUAAAUGGAUUUUACAUAUGUAACUGAAAAGUGGAUAUACUUCUGAUAAGAUAAGAUUAUAUGCCACCAAGAAUGUAUGUACUUCAGACAAAGUGGGUAUCUAACAACUAUUCCGUGUAUAACAAAUAAACAUUUGCAAACUGUGUGUCUUGUAACUGGACUGUCAGUUGUCAAUCUGUUAAGUGCUAUUACUUAUUAUGUGGUGAAUUUGUUUAUUGCCCACAUAACGUUAUUGCUGCUAGUGUUAUCAGUAAAAUGUUUAGUUUAUUUUUAAUUAAAUAAUUCUUGCUCUUGGUUUGUUUUUUUUCUAAACUGUUCGAAAACAGUGACUAUUUUAUAUGGAGAUGUGGUCUUGUUCUAUUAGCAGUUGUGAAUUUCCAACUGGAUAUUUAAGCAGAGCACAAUGUACUUUAAUCAGUGGACAUGCAUUUGCUGUAUACUGUGAGUUGUACUAUUUGCUGCGCCUCUUCUCCGGUUUUAAAUACAGUGUAUUUGUAAAUCAUGUGAGUUAUUUUACCUGAAAUCUUUAUAGCAUAUAUUAAUACUGCAAGAAAUAAAACUAUUGUCUACUGACCAAUAGCAUUGUCUUAACGUCCUUUGGCCACGAUGGCUUAGGGGUGGGCACUUAUGCUUUGCAGAACUAGGGUCAUUGGUUUGAAUCUUGACCAGGACACUAUCUGCAUGGGCUUUGUAUGUUCUCCUUGUAUUUAUAUGGGUAUGCUCCAGAUACUCUGGUUUCCACCCACACUCCAAAGACAUAAUGAUACUUUACUCUCUAUAGACACCUGUCUAAAUUGGCCCUAGUACGUGGCUGUGCAUAAGUGUUAUUGCAUGCUGCAUUCCAGGCCCAAGCCAAGAAUUUGGGGAGGGUUAAGGAAAGACCUGGCCAACUACCUCUUAAAAAAUUGCUAAUACAAUUCUAUGGAAAAGGCUUUCAAGAGUAACAGGUAAUAGAGGGAAGGGGAAGUUACAACAUAUUUUGACAGCAUGGCCCCCUUUAAAAUGGCCUGCAAAAAACUUAGCAAGGCCUUGGGAUAGUUUUGCAAAGCUUUCCAACUUGUGCGCCAGAUUCAAAUAGUUCUUUUUACAGAAUCACUUUGACUGCAACAGAUUCUUAAAGAACUACCACCACUUUGCAGAUAAGCAAACUAGUGGUUAUUAAGACCAUCCCAGAGUUGGCAUACAGAGAGACACCAGAGCUCAUGAGUAUGAUAGCUUCCCGCACAGGGCUUCUUGGUGCUACCGGUGACUGGUGAGAUUCCCUAGCCAGCAGCUGAAAGUAGACAAAAGGGUGGGGGUGCUGGAUUAUGUUGUUACCUACAUAAAACAAUGACCAUAUUUGAACAAUUAUGCCACCAGCAUCCCCACUUGUUUACAUUCAGCUGUCAGCCAGGGAAUCACCCGACCAGCAAAUGAAUAGGGCUGGAGAUGUGUCAUUGGAGUGUUCUAGCUAGCAAGGGGCACUCAGGAUGGUGUGGUCACAGUAUGGACUUUCCGACCACAGUGACGCUCCUUCACGCGAGAGAUUCAUACUCUUGUUCACGACAGGUGCCUGAAUCUUUCUUCCGUACUGAAACUUGUCACCAGCAGUGACGAAAUUCUAAAGUGUGUCUAUGACACGUUUUAAGAUUUUCACUAUUGGUGUCUAGAAUCGGCAAGAGUCAAAAACGACUGAACAGAUAAUGUCCUUUUGCGGACAUCAGAAAGCAAACAGUUGCUUUUGUCCUCUGGCUGAGAGUCAGUAGCUGUAUGUUAUAAUCUAUUGAAGGACUCAGCCCCCUGAAGUCUUAUUCCAGGUUUACAACACAUCAAAAGAUAUGUAUAGCAAAUUAGGUACUUAGCAACAAGCAUCUAAUAUUACACUACCGAGAGAGUAAAAUUCCUAUGAAUAGUUGAGCUGAGGAGAUUAUGCCUGAUAUAGCCAACAGGAAGCUCACCGUGUACUUCAAAAUAGAUCCCCUCUGGAUCCCACAUGUUUGUAUUUCCUUCAAUUUAUCAGAUAUUUAUGUCCUAUAUUUGGACUUUACUUUUCAUAUAUUAGUACGUUUUACUAAAGUGAGUACAAUUUGUUUACUUCUUGAAUGAUUGCAUGUGUUUUCUAUUUCUUGAUGUUGCAUACUACAUAUUAAACAUGGAUGAUUCUAUAAAUAUUAAUGAUAUAUCACAAAUGUUGCAUUCUCUGUGCAUUUAUGGAUCGUUACAUUAAUGUAUAUUAUUUCUGAAAUGCAAUAUUGAGCAGGAUCUAUUUAACUGAUGCCAACUUGUAUGGACAGUUUCAUGUUUGACCAUGUAACAUUAAACCUGGAGUGUUUUUAUUUAUAUUCCAAAAA